UUUUGUUAUGAUGUAUGGAUGGGAACAGCCGGGGAAAUACCUGGUCCAGGAAACACUUGAAUUUCACUCAAAUCACAAGAAUACUGGGCCUUCAGUUUGGAUGAAAUGGCUAAAUAUGACCUUCCAGCCACAAUCAUUUAUCCUAGAGAAAACGGGACAGGAGCAACUCUACUAUGUGGGCCACUCCCAGGGCACCACCAUUGCUUUCGUAGCAUUCUCCACUAAUCCAGAACUGGCUAAAAGGAUUAAAUAUUUUUUGCACUGGCUCAGUCACCACAGUGAAAUACACCCAAUGUCCUCUGAAACAAUUAACAGCUCUUUCCAGAGACGUAGUCAAGAGUCGCUUGGAUGUUAUUUGGCACAGAGCCAUGCGGGAACAUCUGUUCAGAAUAUGCUGCACUGGGCCCAGGCUGUUAAUUCUGGUCGGUUCCAAGCAUUCGAUUGGGGAAACCCUUAUCAGAACAUGAUGCACUUCCACCAGCUUACACCUCCCCUAUACAACGUUUCUAAGAUGGAAGUUCCAACAGCAGUGUGGAGCGGUGGACAGGACCGUGUGGCUGAUCUCAAAGAUGUUGAGAAUUUACUCCCUAAAAUUACCAGGCUUAUUUAUUAUAAGUUGAUUCCUCACUACAAUCAUGUGGAUUUUUACCUUGGACAAGAUGCACCCCAUGAAAUUUACCAAGACCUAAUUAGAUUGAUGGAAGGAUGUUUCCAAAAUUAAACACACUUUCCUUUCUCCAAGUAAGUGAGAUUUUUGUAAUAAAAAUAAGGUGCACAAACCCUAAGGUGACCCCCUCCAAUAAUUUUCACUUUGUAGUGUCCAAGAAUUUGUGAACCCUUUCCCCUUGCAUGUGGGAGGCACCUGAGACUUACUUCUAGACAAGAGAAUUGGCAAAGGAGAUGGAAUGUCAGUCCCUGAAUAUGUUGUAUUACAUGAGGAUUCAUCUUAGCAGACUGGAGCAAAAGAUCUCCCUUGUAGGCUUGAUGAAAUACAGAUAUGUUGAGGAAGCUGACAUGGGAAGGGACUGUGUGAGCCUUCUGGGAUCAGCAGGGGACCUCCAACCAAUUACCUACAAAAAUUUGGGACUCAGUCAUAUGCCUAUGAGAAAACGAGUUCUGUCUAAAGCCUGAAAUGAGCUUGGAAGCCUAUUCUUUCCAAGUAAAGCCACCCGUUGAGAAAGCAGCCUAUUCAACCCCUGAAUUGCAGCCUGGUGAGACCCUGACCAGAGGACCAGCUUGCCAUGCCUGGACUACAGACCCACGGAAACAGUGAGAUAAUGAAUAUACAUUGUUUUGCACCACUAAGUUUUUGCUAAUUUGCAGUCAGCAAUGGUAAAUUAUUACUACUAUAAUUAAUAAUGAAUUACUAUCAC